AUGGACCCCCGUACCAGUGCCCAGGAUGUGAUGCGAUGUGACCUGUGUGAGACUGCUGCAGUACAGAUGCACUGUGAUACAUGCCUCGUCAACCUGUGCAAGGGAUGUGUGGGAGAACACAUCUCAACUGAAGAAUCUAAGGAUCAUAAAGUGGUCAAAUUUCAGUCUAGGAAAUCAACUCCCCUUUACCCUGAAUGUGCCUCCCAUGAAAAAGAAAAAUGUGAAAUGUACUGUAGACAUUGUGACAUUCCUGUCUGUCAAACUUGCCUGGCAUCUGAUCAACAUCUUGGUCAUAAGUUAUCAAAAAUCUUGCAUGUCCUGGGUGAAAAGAAAGACUUGAUCAGGAAUGAGCAAAGUGAAUUAAAUGAAACAAUAUAUCCCACCUACCAGGACAUUGCAGUUGAUGUACAAAACAGAAUGAGUCAGUUAGAGAAGGAAUAUGGAGAUCUCUCAACAGCCAUCACAAAACACGGAGAGAACUGGCACAGAGAAAUUGAAAACCUUGUCAGAAAACUUAAAACUCAAGUUGAUGAAAUGAAGAACUCACAGUUACAAACUUUACAAAAACAUCUGAAUGAAAUUAACAAGAACAUUGUUGCCAUUAAAGCUGAAAUUGAUUUGCUUGAUAUUGCUGCAGAUUCUAAUGACAUUUCAUCUCCACUCAAUGUGAGAUCUAAUGUGGAUCAAUAUAAAAACCUUCCACAAAAACUUGUUCUGUCUGUACCUAAAUUCACUCCAGGGACAAUCCAAGGGGAACAACUUUGUAAACUGUUUGGGACUUUAUCAUCAAUUUCACUUACAGCAGAUGAUCAAGGAUACAGUAUAAAAACAACACAAAGAUCACCAAAAGAUGAAUCUUCUUUUGUCGACCAAACAUCACCAGAAAUUGGAUGCCGACAACGACAAUACCAUGACACUCUACAGUUUCAAUCAGGAUUCACCACUCAAACAAAUCACAACAAAGUCAGGAAACAGGCCUUUAGACAUAGCAGUGACAAGAAAUGA